CUCCUGACUGUUAGGUGGCACGAGUACUGUUCGUUAGAAUCUUACUGCGAAUCACCAUGCAUGCGCUGCAGAUCCGACGCUUGCCGCAUUUGCUGACAGCAUCCAUGACACAUCGCAAACACGAACAAAUAUAAUUACAUCCAACAACCAUCCCUUGAUUCCCGGUCACAGAUCUCUAGCCAAUUCGAUGAAAUCCGUGUGUAUCAUCGGUGCUGGACCUGGCGGGCUCGUCGCAGCCAAGACAUUCCUCCAAAAUGGGUUCAGAGUCACAGUUUACGAGAAAGAUGACAAGGUCGGAGGAAUAUGGGCCUUUCCCAAGCAGUCAGAGUCUGAUGGAUAUCUAAGCCCUCGCACACCAACAAACCUCAGCAAGUUCACGGUUGGCUUCUCAGACUUGUCAUGGCAAUCUUUGGGGACUGGGGACCACGUGCCGAUGUUCCCCGCUGCUGCGCAAGUCGGACAAUACCUCGAGCUCUAUAGGGAUAGAUACGUGCCGAGUAGCACGUUUAAAUUCAGACACCGCGUUAUCAGCGCCGAUCGCGUAGAACAGGAUGGUGGUCAUCAGUGGAAGGUUGUGGCAGAAACCAAGGUCGGCGGUCCAGAGCCAGGAGAUUCGGCUGGAGCAAACACGAAGCAGGAGACGGCAUACUUCGACUACGUGAUCAACGCUGCUGGAUUUUUCUCUAAGCCUAGCAUCCCAAGCCGUUUGAUCCCGCCAUCGAAAACGGUGAAAGAGGUGCAUACGUCCCAGUUUCGAGAACUAGAUGACCUCUUCACCGAUCAAAGCUUUCAUACCGGCAAGCACAUCUUGGUUUACGGCGGGGGGAACUCAGCCGGCGAGGUUGCUAGCAAUAUAGCUUUCCAGCUCUCCUCGUCGCAGUACAGCCCAAAUCCAUCUACCCACAGAAAUAGGUUCGAAGGCAUGAAAGUAUACCACGUAACACCACGACCCCUCUACGCCAUCCCUCCCUACAUCCCCGGCGGCAUCCUCAACACUUUCAAGCCACUCGAUCUCAGUUUCUACGACCUAAAGUGGCGUCAACCAGGCCCAAUAGUAUCCAGCUCCGGGCCUCUAGACCCAGAAGCCACAGCAACGCGGUAUUAUGCCGUCUACGGCAUGGUUGGAGAGCAGAAGGAUCUCGGUGCGGAGGCGCUGGUUACCAAAGAGAAGACGACCCCAUAUGCGACGCUGAGCGAGAGCUACGCUGAGUUCGUGCGCUCUGGUCUUAUUAUCCCCGUCGCUGGGCGAGUUAGUGGGUAUAAAGAGCAGGAUGCAAGCACAGUGUCUGCAAUUGUAGCUACCAACGACGGAGCUGAAGCACUCAUUCCCAAAAUCGGCGCCUCCGUCAUCGCCAACGGCUACACUCCCACAGCAGCCCUCUCUUUCCUCAGCCCAGAAAUCAAGGAAGCCCUUGAGUACGACGAAACCUCCGCCCGCCUCCCCAUCCUCCUACAGAACUAUCAGACGCUCAACCCCGCCGUUCCCGAUCUGGGUUUCAUAGGUUUCUACGAAGGCCCGUACUGGGGCGUAAUGGAGAUGCAAGCGCGUCUCCUCGCCGCCCGAUGGUCCGAGAGAGUAGAAAUCCCAAUCCACCCCGAUGAAUCGCUCGAACGGCUCCGCUCACUACGCCAGGCGAUGAGGGAUCGUAGACCUGACAUCCCACAAUACUGGUUCAGCGAUUACAUCGGCUAUCUCUCCGAAAUCUCCUCCUCGCUCGGACUCACACGCAACGACUCCCCCUUUCCCGACGCAGGGACAGGGCCUAUAAGUCCAGCACGCUACCUAGCCAGCACAGACGCCCACGAAGAAGCCAUAGCGACGAUGCAAGACCUAAAGACAACCAUCGACGCCUGCGUGAAUGGCAAAUUCAGAGCCCGUGCCGCAUUCCGCGCUUUACAGGGGCUGUGGGACAUCGAGCGCAGGGUGCAUAGUAGUCUUACGCCUCCUACGCUAUCCGGCUCCUUCGAAGGGACUGCGACUUUCCACCCUCGCGCGCCGACGAUGGAGGGCGUGGAUCUGGAGUACCUGUAUAUCGAGGACGGCGACUUGACCUCCGCCGCCGACGGCCAAGUGUCACCAGAGUCGCGGCGCUCGGUGUAUCGCUACGUCGAGAAGACGGAUAGGAUAAGUGUGUGGGCUGUCAAUCCUAGUGACGGGGUGGCGCUGUUUCGCGCCCAUGAGAUCGAGUUCUCUCCAGUAGGGUGUGAAGAGGAACCUUGCACGGCGCGGGCGACGGGGUUGCGUGUUGAGGACGAUUAUAGGACGGGGUAUUGGUUUGAGUUUGGUGCGGUGGGGCUGAGGGAGGUGGAUGUUGCGCACGAGGUGCGGGGGGCGGAGGAGUUUUACGAAGUGACGACGUUUACGAGGCCUAGGGAAGGUAUAUAGAUAGAUGCUCUAGAUUGAUUGAUUGAUUGAUUCUAGCGAUUUGAAGUAAUAGAUUCGAUCGUAUUACUCGGUAAUCGGUAUAACAGAAGCCCAGGUGGCAGGUCAUAUUGUUGUGUUCCAUUCACUAACUACAGACAAUACAG